UAUUGGAUGCCCUCGAUCAUGUGAUCUCGAUUAACCCGGAAGUGUUCCAAAUUUCUCACCAGUCACAGCCAUUCAUUCACCACAGCGCUCCGUGCACCUUCACAACCACUUGGUCCCCCCUGUCCCCUGCAGCAUGGCCGAAGACUCCAUGGAAAUAGACGACUCUCUUUACAGCCGCCAGCGUUAUGUGUUGGGAGACAGCGCCAUGCACCAGAUGGCCCAAUCAGCGGUGUUCCUCAGUGGAUUGGGAGGGCUGGGUAUAGAGAUUGCAAAGAAUAUCGUCCUUGCCGGUGUGAAGGCAGUCACCCUUCAUGACACAAAGGAAUGUCAAACUUGGGAUCUGGGUUCCAACUUCUUCAUUCUCAAAGACGACGUGUCGAAACAGCGGAAAAGGGCAGAGGCAGUUUGUCCUCGAGUUGCAGAGUUGAACCCUCAUGUCCAUGUUGACAUGUCCAUCUCCCCUCUAGACGACAACACGGAGCUCAGCUUUUUCCAAAAGUAUCAGUGUGUGAUCCUGACGGAAGCCAGAUUAAGCCUUCAGAAGAGAGUGAAUGACUUCUGCCACUCACAGAGUCCUCCCAUCAGAUUCAUUGGCUGUGACACAUACGGCAUCUGUGUGCGGGUCUUCUGUGACUUCGGAGAAGAGUUUGAAGUGUCCGAUCACACUGGGGAAGAACCCAGGGAGAUUUUCAUCCAAAGCAUCACUCUGGCGAACCCUGGCGUCGUAACCUGCCUGGACAACCAACCUCACGGACUUCAGACAGGCCAGAGUGUUGUCUUCAGAGAGGUCCACGGCAUGGUGGAGCUCAAUGGCACUGCAAGACCCGUUACAGUCCUUUCCCCGCACAGUUUUACCAUCGGAGACACAUCCCAACUACAAGCAUAUGCACAUGGCGGUUUCUUUGUCCUCCUGAAAACCCCAAAGAUGUUCAACUUUGAAACGAUGGCGAAACAGUUGUUGGAUCCUCAGGUCUUGACUCCAGACUUCAGUAAACCAGAGGCCCCACUGCAGAUCCAUGCAGCCAUGUUGGCUCUGGACACCUUCCAGGAGCAGCACAAUAGACUUCCCAACACUGGCUGCUUACAGGAUGCCGACCUUCUACUGAAGCUAACAGAGGAAGUGAAUGCAACACUCAGGAACAAGGCUCCCAUGGAUGCCGAGUUGGUGCAGUGGCUGUCCAGGACGGCCAGAGGGACCCUUCCUCCAUUAGCGGCAGCUGUUGGAGGGCUCGCCAGCCAGGAGGUUCUUAAGGCUAUUACAGGAAAGUUUGCACCGCUACAGCAAUGGUUUUAUCUGGAUGCCAUCGAGGUAGUGAAGCCUCUUCGGACCCUGCCUGCUGAUGAGUUUCUUCCUCGUGGAGACCGCUACGAUGGACUGCGAGCUUGUAUCGGGGAAUCACUUUGCGAAAAGCUGCAUAAACUCAGGGUUUUUAUGGUUGGCUGCGGUGCCAUAGGCUGUGAAAUGCUGAAAAACUUUGCCCUGCUCGGAGUGGGAUUGACCAAGAGUUUAGGAGAGGUGUGCAUCACAGAUCCAGACCUCAUAGAAAAGUCUAACCUGAAUAGACAGUUCCUCUUCAGACCACAACAUAUACAGAAACCAAAGAGUACAACAGCAGCAGAAGCCACCCUGAAAAUCAACCCGGAACUGCAGGUGGACGCUCAUCUCAACAAGGUGUGUCCGGCUACGGAGGACAUUUACAGUGACUCUUUCUACUCCCGGCUCAACCUGGUUGUCACCGCGCUGGACAAUGUGGAGGCCCGUAGAUACGUGGACAGCCGCUGUCUUUCCAACCAGAGAGCUCUCCUUGACUCCGGGACCAUGGGCACCAAAGGACACACAGAGAUAAUUGUGCCAAAUUUGACAGAGUCCUACAAUAGCCACCGGGACCCGCCAGAGGAGGAGAUCCCAUUCUGCACCCUAAAGUCCUUCCCAUCGGUCAUAGAACACACCAUCCAGUGGGCCAGGGACAAGUUUGAGAACGCCUUUGUCCAGAAGCCCUCCAUGUACAACUCCUUCUGGCAGACCCACACAUCGGCUGAAUUGGUGCUACAGAAGAUGCAAGCGGGGGACAGUUUGGAGGGGUCAUUCCAAGUCAUUAAACUGCUGAACAGGCGGCCCCACCAUUGGCAACAGUGCAUUGCCUUGGCUCGGCUCAAAUUUGAAAAGUAUUUCAAGAGAAAGGCUUUGCAGCUUCUGCGCUCUUUCCCUCUGGACACCAGGCUAAAAGAUGGAAGUUUGUUUUGGCAGUCCCCCAAAAGGCCACCAGCCCCCAUUGAAUUUGACCUAAAAGACCCGAUGCACUUCAGCUUUAUCGUAAGCACCGCCCGACUCUUUGCUGGCAUUUACAACAUUCCUUACUCGGAUAGGGAUCUUUGUGAGGAGGCUGUGGGGAGAAUUCUCUCCGUUGUUAAGAUCCCAGAGUACCUGCCCUUGGUCAAAUCCAUAGAGACCGACGAGGCUGCUAAGAAGCCUGAUCAGUUGAAGAUGCCUCUAAGUAGUGAGGAGGAGAGGGAGGCCAUCAGGCAGCUGCAGCAGUCCAUUACUGGCGAUGGCGCCAAGCCAGAAAUGUUACGGAUGACGACGCUGGAGUUCGAGAAGGACGACGACAGCAACGGCCACGUGGACUUCGUCACGUCGGCGUCCGCCCUCAGGGCCAACAUGUACUCCAUCGAGCCCGCCGACCGCUUCAAGACCAAACGCAUCGCCGGCAAGAUCAUCCCCGCCAUCGCCACGGCAACAGCUGGUGUGGCAGGACUGGUGGCGCUGGAGCUGAUCAAGAUCGCUGGAGGCUACGGCUUUGAGUCUCUGAAGAACUGCUUUUUCAACUUGGCCCUUCCUGUGGUGGUGUUUACUGAGCCUGCUCCCGUUAAGCGGACGCUCAUCAGAGACGACAUUUACUUCUCCAUCUGGGACUGCUGGACCAUCACCGGCCACCAGGACUUCACCCUGUCAGACUUCAUAAAUGCAGUCAGGGAGAAGUACGGAAUUGAACCCACGAUGGUGGUCCAUGGUGUGAAGAUGAUCUUCGUGCCGGUUAUACCAGGACACACCAAGAGACUUAAACUGACGAUGCAAAAACUGAUCAAGCCGGCAGCGGGUCGCCAAUACGUGGACCUCACCGUGUCCUUCGCUCCCGAGAACGACACGGACGAAGAUCUCCCCGGUCCUCCUGUCAGGUACUACUUCUCCCACCAUGGACACACCCCCUGACAUCUCCUCCUCAUGGACACCAAUGUCACAUACAUGUACUGUACUGUUGGAACCACCCGGAAGUGGUCCCAACACACACACACACACACACACACACAAGUCCAGUUUGCUUUGCGGGGCCAGAGCAACAUGCGACUUCCUGGGUAGCGUAAAGUGCACGUGUGUGCGCACGUGUUCUCUGCUGAUGAUGAAUUGUACUUCUCCACCCGUGCUGAUGCCUUAAUUGCCGUCAUUAAAAGCCUUUUCCUUGGUGGCACUGUGACUCUCACAAGUGUGACUUUGACUCCCAGUGACACUCCACCAUGCUUUGAUUCAUUACAACAGGCACUUAUCAACCGUCAUCUUUUUAUUUGAGCAUCAGAGCUAAACUUUUCUCCUUUCCCUUCGUGCCAAAUGUCUGUGUGUUGUGUACAUGAUGAGCAGUCCUGUGGAAUACUUUGUGUAUCUUGGAGAGAAAAAAUAAUAUUUCUACGGAAUCAUGAUCGCAGCAAAAUGAUUUGCAAAUGCGUUUAAUCCAUUUUUUAUGUGCUGUUGAACUAAAGUGUGUCUGUAUUUCAAUGUGUGUUGUCUGUCCGUAUCAGGAUUUGUCUGAGGAAUAAAAUGAUCGUCUCUGUCCGUAUUUCCUCUGUUGUCUUUUUGCAGUGAGAGAAUUGUGUGUACGUGUAAAGCAAUCUGUGUCCAAGAGUUGUGUGCGUGUAUGAAAAUGUGUGUGUCUGUAAUCAGAUUUGGGUGAAGCAGGAACCCUGAUUAUCUGUUUACACAUGACAUGUUGCUACCUUUCUGCCGUUAGAGUUGUGUACGUGUAGUCAGAUUUAUGUGAAACAGAAACCCUGAUUGUCUGUUAACAUGUGAUUUUUGUUAAGUUUCUGCCUUGAAAGAAUUGUUUGUAUUUAGAUGUGUGUAUGUGUAAAGCAAUUUGUGUGCGCGUAUGAAAAUGUGUGUGUGUAAUCAGAUUUGGGUGAAGCAGGAACUCUGAUUUACUGUUUACACAUGACAUUUUGCUACCUUUCUGCCGUUAGAGUUGUGUACGUGUAGUCAGAUUUAUGUGAAACAGAAACCCUGAUUGUUAACAUGUGAUUUUUGCUAAGUUUCUGCCUUGAAAGAAUUGUCUGUAUUUAGAUGUGUGUGUGUAAAGCAAUUUGUGUCUUAAGUUGUGUGCACAUAUGAAAAUGCGUGUGUCUGUAAUCAGAUUAGGGUGAAGCAGGAACCCUUAGCUGUUUACACAGGACAUUUUGCUACCUUUUAGAGUUGUGUACGUGUAUUCAGAUGUGUGUAUGUGUAGUCAGAUUUAUGUGAAACAGAAACCCUGAUUGUCUGUUAAAACAUGAUUUUUGCUAAGUUUCUGCCUUGAAAGAAUUGUUUGUAUUUAGAUGUGUGUAUGUGUAAAGCAAUUUGUGUUUACAAAUACACACACAAUUGUGUGCGCGUAUGAAAAUGUGUGUGUCUAAUCAGAUUUGGGUGAAGCAGGAACCCUGAUUAACUGUUUACACAUGACAUUUUGCUACCUUUCUGCCGUUAGUCGUGUCUGUGUAGUCAGAUUUAUGUGAAACAGAAACACCGAUUGUCUGUUAAUACGUGAUUUUUGCGAAGUUUCUGUCUUGAAAGAAUUGUUUGUAUUUAGAUGUGUGUAUGUGUAAAGCAAUUUGUGUGCGCGUAUGAAAAUGUUUAUGUGUAAUCAGAUUUGGGUGAAGCAGGAACCCUGAUUUACUGUUUACACAUGACAUGUUGCUACCUUUCUGUCAUUCGAGUUGUGUACGUGUAUUCAGAUGUGUGUACGUGUAGUCAGAUUUAUGUGAAACAGAAACCCUGAUUGUCAACACCUGAUUUUUGCUAAGUUUCUGCCUUGAAAGAAUUGUUUGUAUUUAGAUGUGUGUAUGUGUAAAGCAAUUUGUGUGUGUAUUUGUAAAGCAAUUUGUGUUUACAAAUACACAAUUGUGUGCGUAUAUGAAAAUGUGUCUGUAAUCAGAUUUGGGUGAAGCAGGAACCCUGAUUAACUGUUUACACAUGACACGUUGCUACCUUUCUGCCGUUAAGUUGUGUAAGUGUAUUCAGAUGUGUGUAAGUGUAGUCAGGUUUAUGUGAAACAGAAACCCUCAGACAUGUUUGUUAACAUGUGAUUUUUUGCUAAGUUUUCUGCCUUGAAAUAAUUGUUUGUAUUUAGAUGUGUGUGUGUGUAAAGCAAUUUGUCUCAAUUUGUGUGCGCGUAUGAAAAUGUGUGUGUCUGUAAUCAGAUUUGGGUGAAGCAGGAACCCUGAUUAACUGUUUACACAUGACAUGUUGCUACCUGUCUGCCGUUAAGGUGUGUAUGUGUAAAGCAAUUUGUCUCAAGUUGUGUGCGCGUAGUCAGAUGUGUGUAAGUGUAGUCAGAUUUAUGUGAAACAGAAACCCUGAUUGUCAACACCUGACUUUUGCUAAGUUUUUGCCUUGAAAUAAUUGUUUGUAUUUAGAUGUGUAUGUGUAAAGCAAUUUGUGUCUUAAGUUGUGUGCGCGUAUGAAAAUAUGUGUGUCUGUAAUCAGAUUUGGGUGAAGCAGGAACCCUGAUUAACUGUUUACACAUGACAUGUUGCUACCUGUCUGCCGUUAAGGUGUGUACGUGUAUUCAGACGUGUGUAUGUGUAAAGCAAUUUGUCUCAAGUUGUGUGCGCGUAGUCAGAUGUGUUUAAGUGUAGUCAGAUUUAUGUGAAACAGGAACCUUGAUUGUCUGUUAACACCUGAUUUUGCUAAGUUUCUGCCUUGAAAUAAUUGUUUGUAUUUAGAUGUGUAUGUGUAAAGCAAUUUGUGUCUUAAGUUGUGUGCGCGUAUGAAAAUAUGUGUGUCUGUAAUCAGAUUUGGGUGAAGCAGGAACCCUGAUUAACUGUUUACACAUGACAUGUUGCUACCUGUCUGCCGUUAAGGUGUGUACGUGUAUUCAGACGUGUGUAUGUGUAAAGCAAUUUGUCUCAAGUUGUGUGCGCGUAGUCAGAUGUGUUUAAGUGUAGUCAGAUUUAUGUGAAACAGGAACCUUGAUUGUCUGUUAACACCUGAUUUUUGCUAAGUUUCUGCCUUGAAAGAAUUGUUUGUAUUUAGAUGUGUAUGUGUAAAGCAAUUUGUGUCUUAAGUUGUGUGCGCGUAUGAAAAUGUGUGUGUCUGUAAUCAGAUUUGGGUGAAGCAGGAACCCUGAUUAACUGUUUACACAUGACAUGUUGCUACCUUUCUGCCGUUAGAGUUGUGUACGUGUAGUAAGAUGUGUGUAUGUGUAAAGCAAUCUGUUUCUAAGAGUUGUGUGUGAAGCAGGGACCCUGAUUGGCUGUCUUUCUACAUGUGACUUUUUGCUACGUUUCUGUAAUCAGAUGUGUGUGAAGCAGGAACUCUGAUUGGCCGUCAGUUUACACGAGACUGUUGCGACACGACUGCAGUGUAAGAGUUGUGAGUCCGCGCAGGAACCCCAACUUGGGUCUGUAACGUCACCUCGCCUCUCCUGGUACUCUCCACUAGUCGGCGCUGUGCCCCCACUCUCACCACUUGAUGUACAUACAAGUUCAUGUCAGUAAUGUGAUGACUACACUACACACAUCUGCAUACGGAUACACAACUCUUAACGGCAGAAAAGGUAGCAAAAAUACAACCAAUCAAUCACAGACAGAGAUGUUUUUUGCCCAGGGACACAUCACAACAGGGACAACCUAAAACGCCCACAUUGAGAUACAGACACACACACACAGUUUGAGCUAUUCAAGUCAUUUAGCUCCACUAAUACAAUUUGUGUUGCACAAACAGACUUUCACUUUGUUUUAUUUGCUGCAAAAUGUCUCUUGUAGAAGAAAACAUGUAAUAAAUGUCACAUGACUGCUGUCAAACACAACAUGAAUAAAUAUGAUCUUG